ACACAUGGUCUUAGCGCUCAGUUGCCUUUUCUUCAUGUCAAGCUUGUCGACGCUACGGUUUUGUUUCUGUGGUCCAGCAUUUAGCAUCACAUAUGAUUAUUCUAUCGUAGUUAGCCGAGUAAGAAAGUUACUGCAGCAGAGAGACUACAUACGCGUAGCACACGGACUUUACUCUCAAAGCAACUACCCGACAUGCGUAAGAUCUCAUUACCAUGCAGUCACCUUAACUGGAUUCAUACACUCCUUAAGCUACAUUCCACGAGAAAAACCAGUAUUAAAACACAGAGAACGAAUUUACCGGAAAGCCUUACUUAAAGUAAAAUCACGAAAACCACCACUUCUUGUUGUGAAAGCGUAUAAAGAUACUUUGGACACAAGUAUAAUAAAGAAAAAUGAUUAUGCUAACAUUGACCAUGCAGUGUCCGGUCGCUAUGAUAUCUAUUUCGCUCAAGAUAAUUGCUUUGUUGCAGCGACAACUUUAGAAGGUUGGGAGGAGAUGGGUGGACAGACGCAAUGGUUGGUUGCCUGGAAUGAGGCCGUGGAGUUCCUCUCUGUCAAUUGUGUGUAUAAGGGCCCGCAAUUUAUGCUCUCCGGUAAAGCGAGCGUCGCUGGAGGCGUAUGGAAGGCGCAUAGAAUGAAGCGCGUACAGGCGUUGGCAUGUGAUGUUGACAUCCCGGAUGGUAGUUGGCUUCUGGAUAACGAGAGCAUUGAAGGCCACAUAGUUGAUACUUUUCAGUAG